AUGGCCCGAGUGACGGGGCCGGGGGUCCCCGAGGGGGUCGUGGCCACCGCCGUGCUCUGGGUGACAGCCGUGGGGGCAGCCACAGGGCGCUGGUGCGAGCGCACGGUGCAGGUGACGGAGCACGAGGAGGUGACGCCGCGGCGCGAGGCCGCCGUGCCGUGUCCCAGUUUGUACCAGUACAGCCUGGCCGGGUGGCGGCUGGACCGGGACCGCACGCGCCGGGAACGCGGCAAUUCCCCCGGGGACACCGGCGGCGACCCCCCCCUCUGCCACAUCUACCGACCCCCGGAGCUGCAGCCCGUGCUCCGGAACCGCACGGAACGCGGCUGCUGUCCCGGCUGGAGCGGAGCCCGCUGCACUGAGGGUCCCGGCUCCCUGGGCCGCUGUUUCAGCGCGUGGCAGUGCCAGGACGGCGCCGGUGGCCGCAAUGGCAGCGCCAUGAGCCGCGCCGAGUGCUGCCAGCACCCCUGGGGACACAGCUGGUCCCGGCGCCACCGCAGCCCCCCGGCCACGUGCCAGGCCUGGGCCGGGACGCGCUUCCGCACCUUCGACGGGCGGCACUUCGGCUUCGCCGGCUCCUGCCGGUACAGCCUGGCCACGGCCACCGACGGCACCUGGGACAUCACCGUGGGGCUCGGACACCCCCGGGUGCUGCUGAUGACGUUCGGGACGGCCGCGGUGGUGGCCGAGGGACGGAACGUGUCGGUGAACGGGGCGGCGGUGCCGGAGGGACGCCCGUACCUGCACAAAGGGCUCGGUGUCACCUGGCCGGGUGACUGGGUGGCCGUGGCCAGCAGCCUGGGCGUGCGGGUGGCCUGGGACGGUCACCUGGCAGUGACGGUGACAGCAGAGCCUGAACUGCGCGGUGCCACCUGGGGGCUGUGCGGCACCUACACCGACGACCCUGCAGACGAUUUCGUGCGCCCCGACGGGGCCAUCGCUGCCUUCGCCGCCGCCUUUGGCAACUCCUGGAAGGUGCCGGUGGCUGCCACGGAGGUGGACCCCAGCGGCUUCUACGCAGCGUGUGUGGCACUGCUGUGCGGGGACAGGGACCCUGUGUCCCCUCCCGGUCCCCUGUCCCCCCCCGGUCCCCUGUCCGGUCCCCUGACACCCCCCGGUCCUCUGUCCCUCCCCGAUCCCCUGUCCCCCCCCGGUCCCCUGUCCGGUCCCCUGUCCCCCCCCGGUCCCCCGCCCCCCGCCGCCUGUGACACCUUCGCCGCCUACUCCCGGGAGUGCUCCCGCCGCCAGCUCCACGUCCCCUGGCGCCAGCCCGGUCUCUGCGAGCGCCGCUGUCCCCCGGGCCAGCGCUUCACCGACUGCGUGUCGCUGUGCCCGGUCACCUGCGGCACGGCGGGCGAGCAGGGCCCGUGCCACCGGCACUGCCACGGCGGCUGCCAGUGCGGCCCGGGGCUGGCCCGGGACGGCCCGAGCUGUGUCCCCGCCGCCGCCUGCCCCUGCCACCACCGGCGACAGCGCUACGAGCCCGGCCAGAGCAUCCGCCAGCGCUGCAACCGCUGCACGUGCGAGGGCGGCCGCUGGCGCUGUGAGCAGCAGCGGUGCCCGGCCGAGUGCGCGGUGCUGGGGGGACGUCACUUUGUCACCUUCGACCGCCGCCGCUUCUCCCUGCCCGCCCCCUGUGCCCACACGCUGCUGGAGGACUUCGUGGCGGGGCGGCUGCUGAUCACAGCCGAGCACGAGCCCUGCGACAGCCACCUCGGCUGUCCCCGCAGCCUCACUGUCACCACCAACCGCACCACGGCCCGGCUGCACGGCACAGGGGAGGUGACAGUGGCCGGGCGGGAGGUGACGCUGCCCUUCUCGGGCUCCGAGCUGAGCAUCCGCCGCGCGUCCUCCGCCUUCCUGCACCUGCAGCUGCCCGACGCCCACAUCCUCUGGGGCCUGGGGACCCCCGACACCUUCGUGACCCUGCAGCCCGCCAUGGCCGGCGCGGUGCGGGGGCUCUGCGGGACCUUCAACGGGGACCAGCGCGACGACUUCACGACGCCGGCGGGGGACGUGGAGCCGGGAGCGGCCGCCUUCGCCAACGCCUUCCGUGCGGCCGGAGCCUGCCCGGCGCUGGGCCCCGGCGUUCCCGACCCCUGCGCCGCCUUCCCCGGGAGCCGGGAGCGCGCCGAGGCCGCCUGCGCCGUGCUCAUGGGACCGGCCUUCCAGCCGUGUCACCGCGCCGUGGAUCCGGAGCCGUUCCUGGAGCUGUGCCGGUGGGACGUGUGCUCCUGCCGGGAACGGGACCGGGAGCGCUGUCUGUGCCCCGCGCUGGGAGCCUACGGCCGGGAAUGCGCCCGGGAGGGAACCGAGCUGGAGUGGAGGAACCGGAGCCUCUGCGACGAGCCGUGUCCCGGGGGGCAGCAGUACCGGGACUGCGGGGGUCCCUGCGGCCGUUCCUGCUCAGAGCCCCCCGGAGCCAGUGACUGUCCCCCUCCGGACACCCUCUGUGUCCCCGGCUGUCGCUGCCCCCCGGGGCUGCUGCUGGCCCAGGGGGGUCAGUGUGUCCCCCCCGCCGCCUGCCCGUAUCCCCGCGGCGCCCGCCUGUACCCCCCCGGCCCCCGCAUCCGCCGCGGCUGCCAGGCCUGUGUGUGCGCGGGGGGGUCGUGGCGCUGCGCCCCCGCCCCGUGUCCCCCCGCCCCGCGCUGUCCCCCGGGGCUGCUGCACUCACCGGGCUCCUGCCUGCGCCGCUGCGACCCCGCCGAGCCCUCCGGCACCUGCGGCGGCCCCGCCGACGGCUGCGUGUGCCCCCCCGGGACCCUCUUCCUGGGCGGGCGCUGCGUGUCCCCGGACGAGUGUCCCUGUCACCACGGCGGGCGGCUGUACCCGCCCAACGCCACCAUCGCCCGCGACUGCAACACCUGCGUGUGCCGGCGACAGCGGUGGCGCUGCGGGCGCGAGGAGUGCGCGGGGACCUGCGUGGCCACGGGGGACCCGCACUAUGUCACCUUCGAUGGCCGCGCCUUCACCUUCGCGGGGGACUGCGAGUACCUGCUGGCUCGCGAGGCCUCCGGGCUCUUCGCUGUCACCGCCGAGAACGUCCCGUGCGGUGCCACCGGCGUCACCUGCACCAAGUCGGUGGUGGUGGCCAUGGGGAACACCGUGGUGCACAUGCUGCGGGGACGGGAGGUGACAGUGAACGGGGUGGCCGUGCGACCCCCAAAGGUGUUCGGGGGCUCGGGGCUGGCGCUGCAGCGAGCGGGGCUCUUCCUGCUGCUCCUCACGCGCCUGGGGCUGGCCGUGCUGUGGGACGGAGGGACCCGCGUGUACGUGCGCGUGUCCCCGCGGCUGCGGGGCCGCCUGGCCGGGCUCUGCGGAAACUUCGACGGCGACGCCGAGAACGAUUUCGGGAGCCGGGACGGGGCCCUCGAGGCGACCCCCGAGAUCUUCGGGGACUCCUGGCGCCUCAGCCCCCUCUGCCCGGAGGCCGACGGGCACCGCCCGCACCCCUGCGAUGACAGUCCCCAGCGCUCGGCCUGGGCGCGGGGUCGCUGCGGGGUCCUGCAGCACCAGCUCUUCGCCCCCUGCCACGAGCUGGUGCCCCCCCAGCGCUUCUACGAGUGGUGCCUGUUCGACGCCUCCCUGCAGUGCGAGGGGGGGCAGGAGUACAACCCCUGCGGCCCCCCCUGCCCCCCCACCUGCCGCGACCUCGGCCGGGAGCCCCCCGAGCUCUGCGGGGCCCUGGGCUGCCUCGAGGGCUGUUUCUGCCCCCCCGGGAGGGUCCUGCACGAGGGGCUGUGCCUGGAGCCCCCCGCCUGCCCCUGCUUCUGGGACGGGUUCGCCUUCCCGGCCGGGGCCACCGUGAGCCAGGGCUGCAGCAACUGCACGUGUCUCGAGGGGCGCUGGCAGUGCCCCCCGACCCCGUCCCCGUGUCCCGCCGCCCCCGGCUGCGCCCCCUGGGAGUUCCAGUGCCGGGGCGGGGGUCUCUGCGUGCCGGGGGCCUGGCUCUGCGACAACGAGGACGACUGCGGGGACGGCUCUGACGAGCUGUGCGACCCCCCCUGCGCCCCCCAGCAGCCCCGCUGCCCCGGCGGGCGCUGCCUGCCCUGGGGGGCCCGCUGUGACGGUGUCACCCAGUGUCCCGACGGCUGGGACGAGGCGGGGUGUCCUCCCCUGCCCUGCGCCCCCCCCGAGUUCGCCUGUGCCGGGGGUCGCUGCCUCCCCCCCGCCCGGGUCUGCGACGGGCGGCUCGAUUGUCCCCCCGGGGACGACUCGGACGAGGCGGGCUGCGCCCCCCGGUGCGGGCCGGGGCAGUUCAGGUGCGGGGGGGGCCGGUGUGUCCCGUACCCCCAGCGCUGCGACGGCCGCGACGACUGCGGGGACGGGAGCGACGAGAGCGGCUGUCCCUGCCCCGAGGGGCACCUGCCGUGUCCCGGGGGGGGCUGCCAGCCCCCCGCCGCUCUCUGCGACGGCCGCCGCCACUGCCCCGACGGCGCGGACGAGGCCGAUUGUCCCGCGCGGGCCACCUGCGUCCCCGGCACCGUCCCGUGUCCCGACGGCUCCUGCGUACCGGAGGUCGCCGUGUGCGACGGCUCUCGCGACUGUCGCGACGGCUGGGACGAGAGUCCGGCGGGGUGCGCGGUGGCGCUGCCGCCCGCGCCGCUGGCACCUGGCACCGGCAUUGUCACCGCCACUGGCACCGCUGGCACCGCCACUGGCACCAUUGGCACCGCCACUGUCACCAUUGUCACCGCCGCUGGCACCGCCACUGGCACCGCCGUCACCGCCGACACUGUCAUCGCGGUCACCGGCGCCAUCGGCACUGUCGCCAACGCUGUCACUGUCAGUGACACUGACACUGUCGCCGACACCGCCCCCGGCACCGCCGCUGUCGCCGACACUGUCGCUGUCCCCGUCCCCGCCGGGCCCUCGGCCGGGCCCUGUCCUGCCCGGUCCCUGCGCUGCGACAGCGGCGGCUGCGUCCCGCGGGGGUGGCGCUGCGAUGGCGACAGCGACUGUCCCGAUGGCAGCGACGAGAGAGGCUGCGACCCCCCGUGCGCCCCCGGCCACCUGCCCUGCGACCCCCCCUGCGACCCUGGACUCGCCCCCUGCGCCCCCGCCUGCGUCCCCCCUCGCCGCCUCUGCGACGGCGUCCCCCAGUGUCGCGACAGCGCCGACGAGAGCCCCCAGCUGUGCGAGCCCCCCGGCCCCGGGAGCAGCCCGCGGGGUCCCUGCACAGAGUUCGACUGCGGGGACGGGGAAUGUGUCACCUUUCAGCAGGUGUGUGAUGGGGUGCGGGACUGCGGCUCGGGUGGGGACGAGCGGGGGUGCGGCCGCUGGGGGUCCUGGGGGCCCUGGGGGUCGUGCAGCCGCCCCUGCGGGCCCGGGGGACAGCGCCGCACGCGGGGAUGUCACCAGAGCCACCCGGGGCUGCUGCGAGCGUGCCGGGGGCCGCGCGAGCAGGAGAGACCCUGCUUCCACCGGGCCUGCCCGGUGGACGGCGCGUGGGGCCCGUGGGGACCCUGGUCCGACUGCCCGGGGGGCUGCGGGGGGGUCCGGCUGCGCAGGAGGGGCUGCCAGCCCCCCCAGAACGGCGGCCGCGCCUGCGAGGAGCUGCCCGGGGGGACCCCCUGUGCCCCGGGGGGGUGCCCCAACGCCUCGGAGUGCGCGGAGGGGCUGCGCCCCCUCCCCUGCGCCCCCUGCCCCGCCUCCUGCGCCGACCUGGCCGCCGCCGUCACCUGCCCGCGGCCCCCGCCCUGCCGCCCAGGGUGCUGGUGCCCGGCGGGGCGGGUGCUGGACGCCCCCGAGCCGGGCGCGGGGCCCGGGGGGUGCGUGCGGCCCCGGGAGUGCCCGUGCCGGGCCGGGGGGCUCCGGUACCCUCCGGGAGCCCCGGUGCCGCUCGGAUGUCGCCUCUGCUCGUGCCUCGAGGGUCGCCUGCGCCACUGCCGCCCCCAGCCCGGCUGCUCAGUGGACUGCGGGUGGUCGUCGUGGUCGCCGUGGGGCUCGUGCGGGGGCCCGUGCGGGACCCCCGGUGUGCAGUGGUCCUUCCGCAGCCCCUCCAACCCCGCCCGCCGCGGGGGGGGGCGGCACUGCCGCGGCAUCUACCGCAAGGCCCGGCGGUGUCGCACGGUGCCGUGCGGGCGGUGCCGGGAGCGGGGCCGGGGGCGCGUCCCCGGUGAGCGCUGGCGCGGGGGUCCCUGCCAGGUGUGCCAGUGCCUGGCGGGCGGGGCCGUGCGCUGUGUCCCCUACUGUCCCCUCCGCCUGUCCGGCUGUCCCCAGGUGAGCGGGGGGCGCGGGGGGCGGCGCGGGCCGCAGGUGGCGGUGGCGGUGACGCUGCCGGUGUCCCCAGGGCCAGGUGACAACGGCACGGCCACCCCGCCCGGGAUGACGACAGCGCUGUCCCCCCCCGCGCCGGCCGAGGGUCCCGGCCCCACGGCCGGGCCCGAGGGGCCGCCCCCCUCAGGGUGGCCCAGAAGCGCCGAGCCCCCCCCGGAGCCCCCCAGCGCUGCCGGGGGCACCCCCAGGACGGAGACCCCGCCCGAGGACACCCCGAGACCCCCCGGAGGCUCCGCGACCCCCCACGAGCCCCCCCAGCUCCGCGUGCUGCCCUCGCUGGUUCCCACGGGGGUCACCCCCGCGACCCCCCCAGGCUGCGCCCCCCCGCCCUGGGGGGGGUGGGGGUCCUGCAGCCGCUCCUGCGGGGUGGGGGUCUCUCUGCGGCGCCGGGGGGAGACCCCGCCCGAGGGGGGCUGCGCCCACCCCCCCAACAUCGACAGCCGCGUCUGCUUCGUGCGAGCCUGCCCAGGUACCCCCGACCCCCGAACGGGCUGCGACCCCCGGCACGAUGGGGACCCCCCGGGGGGCCGGGACCCCCGCGCCUGUGGGGUCCCUGCAGGGGUCUUGGGGGUCCCCGGAAAUCGGGGCCCCCCCGAGUCCUGCGGGUGGUCGCGCUGGACCCCCUGGACCCGCUGUGACUGCGGCACCGGGACCCGGCAGCGCUUCAGGUCUCCCACCAACCCCUCGGCCGCGGCGGGCGGUGCCCCCUGCCCCGGGAGCCCCCGAGAGGUUCGGGGCUGUCCCGAGCUCUGCGGACCCGAGGCCGGGUGCCCCCCCGGCCGGACCUUCCGCGAGUGCGGGGGGGGCUCCGGGUGUCCCCGGAGCUGCGCCCACCUUGGGGGGGCCGUGGGGUGCGCGGGGGGGUGCCAGGAGGGCUGUCACUGCCCCCCCGGGACCUUCCUGCACCGCCACUCCUGCCUGCAGCAGUGCCCGUGCUCGGUGCCGGCCGCGCUGCUGCGGGGGGGCACGGCCGGGACCCCCCCCGGGACCCCCCCCGGGGACCCCCCGAUCUCCUGCCUGUGGGGCCGCCUGCGCUGCCCCCCCUGCGGUGAGACCCCCACGGAGACCCCGACCUGCCCGAGCCCCCCCUGCGCCGCGCCCCCCUGCCUGACGCCCCCCUGCCCGUGCCGGUGGAGCCCCUGGGGGUCCUGGGGGUCGUGCUCGCGGCCCUGCGGGGGGGGGCAGCAGCGGCGGCUCCGGGCCUUCGCCCCCCCCGGCCCCGGGGACCCCUGGUGCCCCCAAAUCCGGGGGGGCCACGAGCAGCGGCGGCCGUGCGGGGUGGAGGCGUGUCGGGUGAACGGCGCGUGGUCCCCGUGGGGUCCCUGGUCGCGCUGUGACGUCACGUGCGGGGGGGGCCGCUCCGUGCGCAGCCGCUCGUGCUCCCGACCCCCCCCCAAAAACGGGGGCAGCCCCUGCCCCGGGGGGGGGCACGAGACCCCCAUCCCCCCCGGGGGCGCGGGGGGAGCGUGCGGGCCCCCCCAGGAGCAGGUUCGGGGGUGCGAGCAGAGCCCGUGCCCCCCCGUGUGCCCCUGGGCGGGGGGCGAGCGGGGGCUGGGCGAGCGCUGGAGCCCCGGGCCGUGCCGCCAGUGCACCUGCACCCCCGAGGGACCCGAGUGCUGGGACACCCCGUGUGCGGCCGAGCCGUGUGACUGGAGCCCCUGGGGGUCCUGGGGACCCUGCGGAGACCCCUGCGCGGGGGGGUCCCGCCUGCGCCACCGGCACCCCCUGAACCCCGAGACCCCCGGGCGGGCGUGCGCGGGGGUCCGGACCCAGAGCGAGAGCUGCAGCUCCAGCGCGUGUCCCGACCCCCGGUGCGGCGGGGGGGGCCGGACCCCCAGUCCCUGCGCCGGGCGCUGUCCCCGGACCUGCGGUGACACCUGGGGCCAGGUGCUGUGUCUGCAGGGACCCUGCGAGCCAGGGUGCCGCUGUCCCCCCGGGCAGCUGCUCCAGGACGGUGUCUGUGUCCCCCUGAGCCGCUGUCGCUGCGGGACCCCCGGCGGGGACAACGGGAGCCGCGAGGUGUCCCCGGGGGCCGCGACACGGAUCGGGUGUCACAACUGCACCUGCGAGAACGGGACCUUGACCUGCCCGGUGCUGGCGUGUCCCUCCCCGGGGCCCGCGACCCCCGCGGUCCCCGUGUCCCCCUGUUGCGGCGGCGGGACCCGGAGGCGGCACCGGCAGUGCCGGGAGGGCCCCGGGGCGGGGCCGCGGUGCGGGGGGAGCCCCGCGGAGGAGACGGCGGCGUGUAACCCCCAGGAGUGUCCCGCUUCCGGAUCCCCCGCGACCCCCGGGACCCUCGUAACUCCGGACACCUCCAGCACCCCCCGGACCCCCGCGACCCUCGCGACCCUCGGCCCUCCCGCGGCUCUCGGUACCGCCCGUGCCCCGGCGCGCUGCGCCUGCGCCCCCGGCCGGUACCGGAACGGCUCCGGGCACUGCGUGAGCGCGGGGGGCUGCGGGUGCCGCUACCGCGGGGAGCAUCGAGCGGCCGGCAGCGAGUGGCAGGAGCGCUGCGGGACCUGUCGCUGCUCCGAGGGACGCGUCACCUGCGCCACCUCUUGCCCCGCGCUCACCUGCCCGGAGGGUACGGAGCCGGUGCGGGAGCCCGGGAGCUGCUGCCCCGUGUGCCGGGACGAGUGGCCAGAGGAGCCCCCCGGGCCGUGCCGGCUCCUCACGGCGCUCCGGAGCAUCGCCAAGGGCGCGUGUGUCCUGCGGGGCGUCCGUGUCACCUACUGCGCGGGGACGUGUCGCUCCCGCACCGCCGUCAGCGCCCAGGAGCCGUUCGUGCGGGCGCUGUGCGAGUGCUGCAGUUACCGGCUGGACCCGGCCCGGCCCGUGCGGGCUCUGCUGCUGCCGUGUCCCCGCGGCCGCCCCCGGCCCGCGCUGCUGCCCCGCAUCGCGCACUGCCGCUGCGAGCCCUGCCGGGGCGGGGACUCCACCCGGCGCUGA